GUUUAUUCAUAGAUAUUUUUUCCAUUUGAAUGUAAGGUUACAGUUUUAUUUUAGUUCCAACUCUUAUCUUCCCCAACUUGGCUUUUGCCUGGUUCUAAAAAUCUUUAGCUCAACUCAAAAUUAAACACGACUCCCAUGGCGUCCAAUUCAACACCAUCAAUGUCUCUGCAAACCAGUGCCCAUAAAGCGAGCUUCUUAUCAUCGUCCGCAUCAACAAAACCAAACAAAAACAACAUUAAAUUCUCAAUCCCGUUUCGUUCAACUAAAGUUCCAAUACAUGUUAAGUGUUCGAGUACCAGCACCGCCAAAUACAAUGAAGUGGUUAUUGACGAAGAAAUGGAUAAGAUUAGAAGGCUGCAAAACGGGUCGGAUGUUCGCGGUGUUGCACUGGAAGGAGAAAAGGGUCGGACGGUGGACCUUACACCGCCGGCGGUGGAGGCCAUUGCAGAGAGUUUCGGAGAAUGGGUUAUCGGCGAAUUGAAGGAGGAGAAAGGACAGCCUGUUGAAGAUGUUAGAGUGUCGCUCGGUAAAGAUCCCCGAGUGUCGGGUCAAGCUCUGAGCGUAGCUGUGUUUUCGGGUCUGUCUCGUGUUGGAUGCUUGGCGUUUGACAUGGGACUUGCUACAACUCCUGCUUGUUUUAUGAGCACAUUGCUGCCUCCAUUUUCAUACGAUGCUUCAAUAAUGAUGACGGCAUCCCACUUACCCUACACCAGAAACGGGCUAAAAUUUUUCACGAAGAAAGGAGGACUAACAUCGCCAGAGGUAGAAGAAAUAUGCAGCAGAGCCGCCAUUAAAUAUGCCAAUAGGUUGACUGAAGUGUCUACCAUUCUCAACACUCCGCCAGCCAGAGUUGACUUUAUGAGUACUUACGCUAAACACCUCCGUGAUAUCAUCAAGCAAAGAGUCAACCAUCCUCUGCAUUACGACACCCCGCUUAAAGGCUUUCAGAUAAUUGUAAAUGCUGGAAAUGGAUCAGGAGGGUUCUUCACAUGGGACGUUCUCGACAAGCUCGGUGCAGGCACAUUUGGGUCUCUUCACUUAAACCCAGAUGGGAUGUUCCCUAAUCAUAUUCCAAAUCCAGAAGACAAAACCGCCAUGGCACUCACCAGAGCUGCUGUACUCGAAAACUCUGCUGACCUCGGCAUUGUUUUUGACACAGACGUUGACCGCAGUGGUGUUGUCGAUAAUAAAGGGAACCCCAUUAAUGGCGACAAACUCAUAGCUCUCAUGUCCGCCAUUGUGUUGAGAGAGCACCCUGGAACUACCAUUGUCACCGAUGCUCGCACAAGCAUGGCACUCACCAAAUUCAUCACCGACAGAGGAGGUCACCAUUGUCUGUAUCGGGUCGGUUACAGAAACGUGAUUGAUAAGGGAGUUCAGCUUAACAAAGAUGGCGUCGAAACACAUCUCAUGAUGGAAACUUCCGGACAUGGUGCUCUCAAAGAAAAUUAUUUCUUAGACGAUGGGGCUUACAUGGUGGUGAAGAUUAUAAUCGAAAUGGUGAGGAUGAAGCUUGGAGGAUCAGAGGAAGGGAUUGGUAGUCUGAUAAAAGAUCUUGAAGAGCCUUUAGAAUCCGUAGAACUGAGAAUGAACAUAAUUUCAGAGGCUAGACAUGCAAAGACAAAAGGAAGUGAAGCUAUUGAAACAUUUAGGCAAUACAUCGAGGAUGGAAAGCUUAAAGGGUGGGAACUAGACUCGUGUGGAGACUGCUGGGUGAGUGAAGGUUGCCUGGUUGACUCGAAUGACACGCCAGCUGCCAUCGAUGCACACAUGUACAGGGCUAAAGUUUCAGAUGAAGAACAUGGGCAGUUUGGAUGGGUUCAUAUACGACAGAGCAUUCACAAUCCGAAUAUUGCAGUCAACGUACAGUCAACAAUUCAUGGAGGCUGUCUGUCAAUCAUAAGAGUUCUACGACAGAAGUUUCUCGUGGAAAGAGGGAUGGACAAAAUCCUCGACAUCUCUCAUAUAGACAAGUAUGUUGAUGAACAUUGAGAGGGGUUAUGUGAGACUUUAAAUACAUAUAAUUAUAUCAAAUGUAUAGUGAAAUUCAUGCUAUUGGAAAAUGAGAACUGUGAAUUCAGAAUAUAUGGAAUCUUUUAAGCACAAAUAAAA